AUGUCGCGUGUUAAGGUUCCGGCACGUAAUCUUACAAUUGGAAACAUCGAAAUAAACGAGUUUCCUACUAUUGACAACAAUGUUGAUAUUUCUGCGGUGCAACUGGUGCAAAGCACCACAGAAAGCGGCACGCAGCGCGGCGCGGCGCUGUCGGCUCUCGUGAAUCACUCGUUACGGCGCGUCGUCGCCGCCGCCGCCGCCGCCGGCAGAGGCGGAGUCCGGAGUCCUAGGCGUGAUCGCCGCCUUCUCGCCGCCGCGGCCGGCAGUCGUGCUGAGCUGUGCUGCGCCACGGCGGACCCGGCGAUCGCUGAAGAAGAAUGUGAAGAGCAAAGUGAAGAAGAAUGUGAAGAGCAAAGUGAAGAAGAAGAAGAAGAAGAAGAGCAAAAUGAAGAAGAAGGUGGAGGUGAAGGCAAAGAGAAAGAGGAAGACCGACAGGAAGAGGGAGAGCAAGAGCAAGAGGAAGAGGGAGAGCAAGAGCAAGAGGAAGAGGGAGAGCAAGAGCAAGAGGGAGAGCAGAAGAGGAACAGGGAAGGGGAAGGGGAAGAGGAAGAGCAAGGGGAAGGGGAAGAGCAAGGGGAAGGGGAAGAGGAAGAGCAAGGGGAAGGGGAAGAGGAAGAGCAAGGGGAAGGGGAAGAGGAAGAGGAAGAGCAAGGGGAAGGGGAAGAGGAAGAGCAAGGGGAAGGGGAAGAGGAAGAGCAAGGGGAAGGGGAAGAGGAAGAGCAAGGGGAAGGGGAAGAGCAAGGGGAAGAGGAAGAGCAAGGGGAAGAGGAAGAGCAAGGGGAAGAGGAAGAGCAAGGGGAAGAGGAAGAGCAAGGGGAAGAGGAAGAGCAAGGGGAAGAGGAAGAGCAAGGGGAAGAGGAAGAGCAAGGGGAAGAGGAAGAGCAAGGGGAAGAGGAAGAGCAAGGGGAAGAGGAAGAACAAGGGGAAGGGGAAGAGGAAGGGGAAGAGGAAGAACGAGAGGAAGAGGAAGAGCAAGGGGAAGGGGAAGGGGAAGAGGAAGAACGAGAGGAAGAGGAAGAGCAAAGGGAAGGGGAAGAGCAAGGGGAAGGGGAAGAGCAAGGGGAAGGGGAAGAGCAAGGGGAAGAGGAAGAGUGAGAGGAAGAGGAAGAGCAAGGGGAAAGGGAAGAGCAAGGGGAAGGGGAAGAGCAAGGGGAAGGUGAAGAGCAAGGGGAAGGGGAAGAGCAAGGGGAAGGGGAAGAGCAAGGGGAAGGGGAAGAGCAAGGGGAAGGGGAAGAGCAAGGGGAAGGGGAAGAGCAAGGGGAAGGGGAAGAGCAAGGGGAAGGGGAAGAGCAAGGGGAAGGGGAAGAGCAAGGGGAAGGGGAAGAGCAAGGGGAAGGGGAAGAGCAAGGGGAAGGGGAAGGGGAGGAGCAAGGGGAAGUGGAAGAGCAAGGGGAAGGGGAAGAGCAAGGGGAAGUGGAAGAGCAAGGGGAAGGGGAAGAGCAAGGGGAAGGGGAAGAGCAAGGGGAAGGGGAAGAGCAAGGGGAAGGGGAAGAGCAAGGGGAAGGGGAAGAGCAAGGGGAAGGGGAAGAGCAAGGGGAAGGGGAAGAGCAAGGGGAAGGGGAAGAGCAAGGGGAAGGGGAAGAGCAAGGGGAAGGGGAAGAGCAAGGGGAAGGGGAAGGAGAAGGGGAAGGGGAAGGGGAAGGGGAAGGGGAAGGGGAAGGGGAAGAGCAAGGGGAAGGGGAAGAGCAAGGGGAAGGGGAAGGGGAAGAGCAUGGGGAAGGGGAAGAGCAAGGGGAAGGGGAAGAGCAAGGGGAAGGGGAAGAGCAAGGGGAAGGGGAAGAGGAAGGGGAAGGGGAAGAGCAAGGGGAAGGGGAAGAGCAAGGGGAAGGGGAAGAGCAAGGGGAAGGGGAAGACAAGGGGGAAGGGGAAGAGCAAGGGGAAGGGGAAGAGCAAGGGGAAGGGGAAGAGCAAGGGGAAGGGGAAGGGGAAGGGGAAGAACAAGGGGAAGGGGAAGAACAAGGGGAAGGGGAAGAACAAGGGGAAGGGGAAGAACAAGGGGAAGGGGAAGAACAAGGGGAAGGGGAAGAACAAGAGCAAGGGAAUAGCAAGAGAAUGGGGCAGAGCAAAGUGGAUAAGAAGGUGAAGAGUAAAAGCAAGGCAAUGGACAAGGUGAAGGACAAAAUGAAGGGCAAGAUGAAUAGACGUAUACAGAAAGCGGCCGAUUCUGGGGAUGCUAAGGCAAUGUACGAUGGUAUUAAGAAAGCAAUUGGACCAACUGUCAGAAAAAAUCUCCUCUUAAGUCCAGGACAGGUGAAGUCAUUACCCGAUGAAGGCAAACAAAAUGAACGCUGGGUUGAACACUACCUCGAGUUGUAUGCAGCCGAGAAUGAAAUUAGCAAGGAUGCAUGUGACGCCAUCAAACAAAUGCCAGUUAUGGAAGAACUAGAUGCAAUGCCUACUAUGGAAGAACUUAGUAGAGAAACAGAUUCUCUUGCUAACGGAAGGCCCCAGGUGAAGAUGGUAUCCCUGCAGCGGUUAUUAAGUAUAACAAGUCUGUUCUUCUAA